AUGGCUAAAUUUCUUUUAUGCCUUCUCCAAUUUUGCAUUUUAAUAAUUUAUGGAUCAUCUCAACUAAAUAAUAAUCCCAAUCAAAUUACAGGGUUACCAGGCUUAUCCGCAAAGCUCAACUUUAAACAUUAUUCAGGCUCAUUAUUUAAUCUAUCAUUUUUAUUAAUUUUAUUUUAAGGCUAUUUGGAUGCCGGAAAUGGCAAUUUAUUUCAUUAUAUUUUCGUUGAAUCCCAAGGAACUCCAAAGACGGAUCCAUUGGUUAAUAUCCACAAAUUCUCUUAAAUUAUCUAAAUUUUCCUAAGGUUUUGUGGCUAAAUGGAGGUCCUCGUUGUUCAUCCCUCGGUGGUUUAUUUACAGAAUUAGGCCCAUAUUUAAUCAACAAAGAUGGCAAAACACUUCGCCUAAAUCCUUAUUCAUGGAAUAAAUACGCAUCUGUUAUAUUUUUAGAAUCCCCUGCUUGGACUGGGUAUUCCUAUAAUACAAAAAGUAAAAAUGUUUCGACAAAUGAUGACAGUGUAGGUAUUUAUGCCUUGUGAAUUUUUUUAUGCCUUGUAAAUCUUUUAAGGGGUCAAUGAAUGGGAGUUUAUGAAAGAUUUUGAUGGAAUUAAUAUGGAAAAUUUUCUUGAGUUUGUAUAGGCUGGGACU